ACUGCACUUAUGCAACAACAAAAACGAAUGACAGCAGAUUGUUGUGAAUUGGUAAAAAAAUUGUUCAGCAAAAUAGAAAUCGCCGAAGAAUGACCCUGUUUCAACAGCCACGCUGGUUGAGAAGAUGGAUACGACGCAGAACAAAUCCAAUAGCACUGGACCGGGCACAUCUUUGGAAGAGUCGCUUGAGCUUGUUCUACGCUGUAGUAGCUUGGAAUGCGUUCGGAGGUGUUUGCUACAUGAUCUAUACCGGGCGUAACGAUUGGGCCAAAUUCUAUGGUUACAAAACCGACGAGGAAGCGCAAUUACCACAGGCUAUUCGUUUCGCAAAGCAGUUAAAUCUGCCAAACGCAAAAGUGGUCAAGUUAAGCGGGCUAACGAAAACGGACGAAUACGAGCUGAAGGAUCAUCACGUAAUUCGCUCUGCCGAUGGUACGUCCACGUCUAAUGUAGAAAGCUAAGGAAAACCCAGGAAUUGUAUGGAAAGAGUACUUUAUUCGUAAAAUAAAAUAAAAAACUUUAUAAAAUUGUA